AUGUUAUCUACAGCAGCAUUCAUUGUUGUCUUAACUAUCGUUCAGUUAUCUGACGCUUCGAGAAAUAAAAGACAACAAGGAGAAAUAUUUGAUGUAGUUGAUAUCAAAGAGGUCAAUGAAAAUGGAAGAACAAAGCGAUCAGCAAACAUCAAAGAAUCGCAUCUGCAUCUUCGAUUUGCUCUUAAAAACCAAGGAGUUGAUUUAAAACUAAGAAAAACUGUGGAUGCCCCAAUAAGAGUUUAUAAACAUAAGGGAAUGGUUAAUGGUAUAAUACCGUUUAUAAUUGACUCAGUACCAACACCAAAGGGCAAUGGCUCUCGAGCUGACAUGAUAAAAGCUUUUCCUAGGUCUGAGGUAUACAUACAAACUAGUAAUGGGUUACCAGUUCUUGUCAAAAGAAAAACUGACGGUCAAAUAAAAUUGGAAGGGUAUAUACAAACACCCCAUGGUAACUUCGACAUGGAACCAACAUCAAAUGGUCUUCAUAACUUAAGACGGGCUCUUCCAAUUAAUUUCAAUUCCGACGUGGUACUGACAGCACCUGAAAAUGAGGAUUCAGAAAAUGAAAAGAAAAUAAGUUUGAAUAAACGUGCUACUCAAGUAAAUACUGUAGAGUUAUUAGUAGUUACAGAUUACAGUAUUAAACAGAGGUUUCUAGCUCGAAAUGACUACGAUAAUUCUAGAGCAGAUUCGGAACUAGUACAAUAUUAUAAAGCCAUGGUACAUGCAGCUGAUUUGAGGUACCGAUCUGUGACCAAUUAUUACCCUAAUGCUCAGUGGAAAAUAUCUAUUAGUGGUAUUUAUAUAGCUGAUAGUCCACGUGAUUCACCAUUCCAUACUGAUUAUGAAAGUAACGGUAUUGUAAGUACUGCAGCAUUAAAUGCUUUUUGGACAUGGGUUUCUACUAAUCCCAAUUUGCCAGCUUAUGAUCAUGCUGUUUGGCUAACCGAUGAUGAUUUAGCUUCUGGUGGAUCGACCGGUGUUUUGGGAGUGGCCUGGGGCGGAACUUUAUGUAAUGGAUUCAGGGCAUCUAUAUCUGAAGAAUUCUUUACUGGAAGAACACCAGCUGUGGUAGCACACGAGCUUGGGCAUGGAAUAGCUGCUUCUCAUGAUGGUUCUGGGAAUGAUUGCAAUCCUAACGAAGGUUUUUAUGUCAUGACCCCGUUUUCGUAUUUUCCACCAAACGAACCCUAUAUAUCUCGACCGUGGUUGUUUUCGAGAUGUUCUGCAGAUGCUUUUAUGAAGGCGGCUCCAAGUAAAACUUGUCUCAGAGUAAAGAACAAUGUGAACAGUUUUCCUGUGGUACCUAUUACGUAUGGUCAAACCUACAAAGCUGAUCAACAAUGUAAACAGUUUAUAGACGAUACCUCCAGCUAUUUCUGUAGGGGUGAUCAAGUAAGGAAUAGGGGCUAUGAUUCUAUAUGUAUAGAAAUGUGGUGUUAUUUUCCAAGUGCUGGUAAAUGCAACCCUAAUGCUGCAUUUGAAUACACAUCUUGUGGCGAUAAAAAGUGGUGCGAAUUUGGACGAUGUGUUUAUAAUGAAAAUGCACCGAGUUUAAUCGAAAACUGUCCAUUUGGAAACCAACCUGGUGAAUCUUGCUCUAGAGAUGCUUGUGACCAAUAUUCAGUUGCAAAGAAAGCCAGAUGUUGCUCUACAUGUUUUGGGCCUGCUUUUACACCUGCUCCUACACCUGCUCCAACUCCUGCUCCAACUCCUGCCCCUACACCCGUUCCAACUCCUGCUUCAACUCCUGCUCCUACACCUGCUCCUACACCACCUCUAACUCCUGCUCCAACUCCUGCUCCUACACCAGCUCCUACACCAGCUCCAACUCCUGCUCCAACUCCUGCUCCUACACCAGCUCCAACUCCUGCUCCAACUCCUGCUCCUACACCAGCUCCAACUCCUGCUCCCACACCUGCUUCAACUCAUGCUCCUACACCUGCUCCAACUCCUGCCCCCACACCUGCUCCAACUCCUGCCCCCACACCUGCUCCAACUCCUACUCCCACAACCGCUCCAACUCCUGCUCCUACACCUGCUCCCACACCUGCUCCAAUUCCUGCUCCUACACCUGCUCCAACUCCUGCUCCAACCCCUGCCCCUGCACCAACCGCAGCUCCCGUCCUUCCUCCUUGUCGAAACUUUCUUUGUAGGUGGUGUCGUGCAAAUCCAAGAAGACGUCUGUAUGGAUGGUGCGUCAGAUAUAGAAAUUAA